AUGAAUCCAACACUAUACUUGAGCUGUCUGGUGGUCCUUGUCGGGAGCCUUGCGUGGACAGCAAGUGCAGCCCCAUCGGAGGGUGACCAAAGAUUCAAUUCCGAAUUGACACGUUUGAAGAACAUCUACGGAAGUGAUUCGGUUACCCAAUUCACCAGGUUUAAUAAUGUACCUGAGCUAAUUACCUUCUUUGAGAAGUAUGGCGAUCGUCUUCAGUUGACUCCCGAGGAGCGACAAAAAGCCAAUGAUGCGUUACGACAAUACAAGGAGGAAAGGGCCAAGCAACCUUUGGUGGAAGAAGUGCCUGCUCAAGGAUUCUGGUGGUUAGUACUUCCUCCCGUUGUGGAGAUUCUAGGCCAGAUUAUCAAAAAAGCGGCUGGACUUUAA